AUGGCAGGCAAAGUUAACAUGGACGACCUACAACACCUCCCAGCUCAAGUAGGUGUUUCUGACGCUGCCUUCGAGAUAAAGUCGAAUACGGUGGCCUCAAAGUCAUGUCCCGAAUUCACUCCAGAAGCAUAUCCUCCUCUUCCCUCCAACCUUGAGACAGUACAAUUGCCAAUAAUCUCCAUCGACGAUCUUGCAACACCUUUUCCUGACAAAGACUCUACCUUACGCCUCUUUGAAGCAUGCAAAUCACCAGGCAUCUUCUAUCUCAAACCUCCAGCAAAGAUGAGUCACGAACGGGAUAACUUGGUUGCCCGCGCCACCGAAUGGAUCACAAAACUUGAGCCAGCAUUCCAUCUGCCAGUUGAAAAGAAGAGGAAGUAUAAUUUCAUUGACUCGACAAGGAUAUUCGGAUACAAGGAGGUUGGGGCCACUGUGGUAGAUGAUGUUGGCACGGGAGAUACAUCAGAAUUUUGGAAUAUUUCCAAAAAUGAGUUACUCAAGAAGCAGUCUUUGCCCUCCGUACACUCAACCAUGGCUGGGAGAUACCCCGACAUCAUUGAGGACAACAGUUCGAGCUUAGUGGACUUCAUGCAAGAUUGUCAUCUGCUAUGUAUGACCAUCUUGUCAGCGAUAGAACAAGAGCUCGGUGUCCGGCAUGAGUUGCAGAUGAAACACGAAUUCUCCGACACGUCUGGUGACCAUGUCCGCCUGGCCAGAGGUCCUGCCAGGGUGGGUCAAGAGAUAGAAAUUCAGACACCUGCUCAUACCGACUUUGGAACCGUCACUCUUCUGUUCAAUUGGCUGGGAGGGCUUCAAUGGCGAGAUCCAGCUGACCUCAAAUGGAAAUGGGUUGCUCCAAAACCCGAUCAUCUUCUAGUGAAUCUAGGUGACGCAGCCUGCAUUUUCACUGGAGGUUUGUGCAAAGCCCCCGUCCAUCGAGUGGUGCCGGCUCCUGGAGCACAAGGAAGCUAUCCACGAUACUCACUGGGAUACUUUCUCCGGCCAGGAGAUAAGGUCAUAUUAAACAGGCUGUGCGCGCCGACAAUACCACAAGGGUUACCGAUGCCAGGGACGGGCGUGACAGCGGAGAGAUGGAUAGCUAUAAAGGCAGAAGGACUUGGCAUUGGUCGACAAGUAUUGGAAGACACAAACAGCCGCGGCCAAGGUUGACGUUUCCGUAGGAGAUCUAUGGCACGAGAAGAUUUAGGCAGUCAUGAUAUUCCAAGCAACAAGCUGACAAACGUGAUCAGGCACCAGAAAACGGGUGGAAGCACUAAAUGAGAAUAUGGGCUGAGAUCACGGGCGCCUGUUUAGGCAUGAGGUCUGUACCG